UGCCAAGGCUGAGCCAGAGCUGGAACUUGGCCCUCCAGACCCCUCUGGUUGCUAUUGAAGGUGGUGAAAAGGGUUCUUGGUCUUGAUCGUUGCCCCUCUCAUAGCUGACAUUGGGUCUUCAUUGCAUUUCUUGGCAGGUGACAGCAGGGACAUGUCUCGGGAGCUGCAGGACGUGGACCUCGCUGAGGUGAAGCCUUUGGUGGAGAAAGGGGAGACCAUCACCGGCCUCCUGCAAGAGUUUGAUGUUCAGGAGCAGGACAUAGAGACGGUGCAUGGCUCCAUUCACGUCACGCUGUGUGGGACCCCCAAGGGAAACCGGCCCGUCAUCCUCACGUACCAUGACAUUGGCAUGAACCACAAAACCUGCUACAACCCCCUGUUCAACUCUGAGGACAUGCAGGAGAUCACGCAGCACUUUGCCGUCUGCCACGUGGACGCCCCUGGCCAGCAGGACGGCGCUGCCUCCUUCCCUGUGGGGUACAUGUACCCCUCCAUGGACCAGCUGGCCGAAAUGCUUCCUGGAGUGCUCCACCAGUUUGGGCUGAAAAGCAUUAUUGGCAUGGGAACGGGAGCAGGUGCUUACAUCCUCACUCGCUUUGCUCUGAACAACCCUGAGAUGGUGGAGGGACUCGUCCUUAUCAACGUAAACCCUUGUGCAGAAGGCUGGAUGGAUUGGGCUGCAUCCAAGAUCUCUGGAUGGACCCAAGCCCUUCCAGACAUGGUGGUGUCCCACCUCUUCGGGAAGGAGGAAAUGCAGAACAAUGUGGAGGUGGUCCACACCUACCGCCAGCACAUUGUGAAUGACCUGAAUCCCGGCAAUCUGCAUCUGUUCAUCAACGCCUACAACAGCCGGCGGGACCUGGAGAUUGAGCGGCCGAUGCCCGGAACCCACACAGUCACCCUGCAGUGUCCUGCUUUGUUGGUGGUUGGGGACAGCUCUCCCGCUGUGGAUGCUGUGGUGGAGUGCAACUCGAAAUUGGAUCCAACAAAGACUACUCUCCUCAAGAUGGCAGAUUGCGGUGGCCUCCCACAGAUCUCCCAGCCAGCCAAGCUUGCCGAGGCCUUCAAGUACUUCGUGCAGGGCAUGGGAUACAUGCCCUCGGCCAGCAUGACCCGCCUGAUGCGCUCCCGCACGGCCUCUGGCUCCAGCGUCACGUCCCUGGAGGGCACCCGCAGCCGCUCCCACACCAGCGAGGGCACCCGCAGCCGCUCCCACACCAGCGAGGGUGCUCGCCUGGACAUCACCCCCAACUCCGGGGCCACUGGCAACAGCACCGGGCCCAAGUCCAUGGAGGUGUCCUGCUAGGCGGCCUGCACCACGGCUGCCCCUGGACUCUGGGCUUGCGCAGCUGCCCUUUCUCUGGCCCUUCCCGCCCCUGCCUGCCACACCACACGUAACUCGUAUUAACCCAAAGCUUAUGGUGUAAGAGAGCUCUGGGGGAGCACACAGUUAGACUGGGUUUGUCAAGGGCGCCUUUCCCAGCAGGGGCAGGGUGGGUGGACCAAAGGAAAAGAAGGAUCUCAGUGUCUGUGCUCAUGGCCGGGCUGGCCUGAUGGCCAUCCCCCACCCCCUCUCAGAGACGCCGAACUGCCAAAAACAAGACACGCCGUCCUAAACACUUCCUAAAUCCAGGCCUAGGCUGACCUGAGCAUCCUGGUUCUAAAGGGCACUUUGUCGGAAGCCAGCCCCCUCUCCUUCCUGUUUCUUCUCCAACUAAAGACAAACUGACCCAGUUUCGGGAA